AUGGCCGCCGAAACUUACGGACAUCGACUUUUGUACACCGAAAAAGACAUUUUCCCAACUGAUGUCAUGAUGGAAUACUCGACUGAAGAGUGUUAUUUGGCGUGGCCAAGGUCGCCUGACUCCGGCCGGUCUAGUUUGGAGCCUACCCCAUCCAUGGAUGGCAGCAACCAAGAAUCACCAAACCAUAUAGCUUAUAGAGGAUUACCAAACGAUUUAGUGCUAGAAGAUAGCUCGGAAGACGUGGAUUUAGAAGGUUCUGGAAAAAGAAGAGGCAGAUCAACCAGUGCAGCUGUAUUAAAACGAAGGCGCUUGGCAGCAAAUGCCAGGGAAAGAAGAAGGAUGCAGAAUCUAAACAAAGCCUUCGACAGACUCCGUGGACACUUACCUUCGCUUGGAGCUGAUCGCCAAUUGUCCAAAUACGAAACCCUACAAAUGGCGCAAACUUACAUAGCAGCUUUAUACGAACUUUUACAAUAG